AUGGUGUAUCUAUUGAACAAUGAUAUAUGUAUAAAAGACAUUUUAGCUGAUACUACAACAUCAGCAUCGAUACUUUCAGGUGCAAUGACUGAUUAUCAGAAACAGAAAGAUGAAUUAACCAAAGCUCAAGAACAAUUUAAAACUGAACGAGAUGAAUUUGAAAAUGAAAAGAAAAUAAUGGAAAAAUUUCUUAAAAAUUCUGAUGUUAUUCAAUUUAAUGUUGGAGGUGAGAUAAUGUACACAAGUCGUGCUAGUCUUCUUCAUGUAGCUAAUUCAACCUUAUCAAAAAAACUGCUCGGUAAAUCAAAAGAGAAAUUAAGUAUUGAUAAAGAUGGUAAUAUCUUUCUUGAUUUUAAUCCUAAACUCUUUCGUCAUUUACUCGAACAAUUACGAUUAUUUGAAGAUGGAGAAAAAAUUGUUUUUUAUCCUCCAUUAACACCAAUUCUUACUAUUCCAUUUAAUAAUAUGCUUGAAAAACUUGGUCUUACACCAGCACCUAUGUCCGAUGAUGAUAUAUUUACAUUUAAUGUUGGAGAUGAAAUUAUUGCUACAAAACGAAAAACACUUAAUCGUAUACCGAACUCAAAAUUAUCAACACUUCUUUCAAUGAAUAAACCAUCAGAUAUGGAUUUAAAUGGUAGACCAUUUCUUGAUUAUGAUCCAAAACUAUUUCGACAUUUACUUACACAAUUACAAUCAGAACAAACAAUAAAUUUUGAAGCACCAUCAAUUGAAUCAAAAACUGCAUUCAAUGCUAUGCUUAAUAAUUUAGGUCUCAAACAUAAAUAA